UUUUAGGUAAGACUAAAGGAAAUAUAUCCAAAGAUUUUCAUUUAGUAGAUGAAAGUCGAGGUGUGAAAGUUCUUACAACAUUCAUGUGAGGAGACGACAGGUCUGUUGGUACGGUUCCUGUCAUUCAACUCUCGCCAGCGAUACCCUCGGGUCGCUGGAGCGAUAGCAGGCCGGAGCAGGGUGGCGGGAGGCUCUCGGAACUGGUCGCACGCGCGGGGCAGAGUCGCGCCGGCCGCCAGUCGCGGCACCGGCCAUGGUCUGCCACUCAGUGCACGGGCCGCCUCGCCGCCGCAAGCCUGUGUGGCCCUCUGUGCGACCCAUCCCGCUGACCUCACGUAUCCCUACGCACGAACGAACGCUAUAACAAAACUUUUUGAGAAUAAAACUCGCAACUUUCGAUUUAAUAUCCGACACGUGACACACGUCUGUUUACAUUUUAUGUGAUAUUUUAUGGUAUUACUUAACUGCAUCUUCAAUAGUGUUUCGCGAGUGAAGUUAAUAUACUGAACGGUACUGGAAAACCACGACCUGAAUUUAAAGGUGGUGCGCACUCGUGGCGUAGCGCGAGAGUGUGAUGCGAGGGAGACGGCGCAGCGGGCGCCGGCGCCGGUAGCUCCGAUCAUGCUCGGCCCGCGCGCUGCCGCUCUCUGUCUGCUCGUGCUAGCCGUCAUCGCCGACACCGUGCAGGCGUCCACCGCGGUCAUCAAGGGUCGGCGUGAGCCGUGUUCCAACGAAGGGGAGCCGGUGCGUCUCAACGACAAGAGGCUGGACCAGAACUGGGGCAAUUGUUUUCGGUGCCAUUGCAAGAACGGAUACGUAGAGUGUAGCAACGGCGUAGAGGAGUGCGGACAGGUGGAGGACUGCGCUGUUUCGAUGCCUCGCAAGGGCUGCUGCGAGCGCUGCAAGGGGUGCUGGUACAACGGCACUGAACACGCCUCGCACACGGAGUGGGACGAGGAGGGACGUGUCCUACGCUGUGAGGCCGGCGUGGUUACCAUUUCGAGGCCUGAGUGCUACGCGCCGUGCGACAAGCCGAGACACCAGCGGCACACGCAUUACAACUGUCCAGUCUGUGGCGAAUGCGUGAUAAACGGCCAAAGAGUGGGCGAAGGGCGCGACGUGCGCAUCCCGGAGGAGCCGUGCCUGUCGUGCCGCUGCGUGCACGGCGCGCUCUCGUGCGCCAAGCGUGCGUGUCCUGUGCUGCCUUGCGCAUCUGCGCAACAACACACGCCACUUGGCGAGUGCUGCCCCCGCUGCAAUGUGCCCACAGUAGACAAGAUGCUGCCCAGUCACACUUUCACAAAGCCGUGCAUAAUCGGCAACAGCCUCCACGCGCACCUGGCAUCGUUCCGCGUGGAUCCGUGUACGGACUGCACGUGUAUGAACGGGACGGUGGUGUGUGCUCGGCACACGUGCCCCGUGCUGACGUGCGGCGCCCGCGCGCGCCCGCCGGCGCCGGGCAAGUGCUGCCCUGAGUGCCCGCAAGUCGAGGAGGCGAAGGCCGCAUGUGUAAUAGGCGGGAAUACUUAUCAGGAUGGUGAAACGUGGCAGCUUGAUGCUUGCAAAUCCUGUGAAUGCCACGGCGGUGAACCUCGCUGCGCCAUGGAGCGCUGCCCCGUCGUGAGUUGUCCUCCCGACCAGACGUUGCGGCGCGUGCCGGGCCAGUGCUGCGCGCGGUGUGUCGACAUCGACGGCAUCUGUACCGUCUUCGGGGAUCCCCAUUACAAGACCUUUGACGGAAAAUUCUACAGUUUCCAAGGAUCCUGUAAAUAUCAAUUAGUGUCCGACUGCGCAAACGGUUCAUUUUCGAUAAGGAUUUCUAACGAUGCUAGAAACACUUCUCAUUCCUCCUGGACACGCACGGCCACUCUCCGGAUAGGGUCUACCAAAAUUAAUAUGGGGAAAAAGAUGCGAAUCAAAGUAAACGGCAACAGAAUUAGCUUGCCCCACAGAGAGAGCGGCGUAGCGGAGUUAAUUCGCAGCAACGGUUCCGUGCUUUUGAAGGCCAACAUCGGAGUGCAAAUGUUAUGGGACGGAGAUGGCUUCUUGGAAGUUACAGUGUCGAGUGUGUAUAAAGGAAAAUUGUGCGGUUUAUGUGGCAAUUUUAACUCUAUAGCGAAGGACGAUAUGAGAUCGCGCGAAGGUCGGAUGAUGAGCGACGCGUGGGAGUUCGGUUCGUCGUGGCGGGUGGGCGGUCGGCGAGCUUGCUCGCGCCGGCGCGAGCGCCCCGGUCGCUCCCAGUGCCGGCCGCGCCGGCGGGCCAAGGCGCGUCGGCUGUGCCGCGGCUUCGACAAGUACGAAGCUUUUACCGAGUGUGCGGCGAAAGUGAAUCCUCACAAUUAUAGGGAGGCGUGUGAGUUAGACGCAUGCAGUUGUUCUGGCUUUCGGUGUCACUGUGCGGCGUACGGCGCGUACGCGCGCGAGUGCGCGCGGCUAGGCGCGGCGCCGCGGGCCUGGCAGCACGAGGCGUGGUGCGCGGGCGCGGCGCCGCCGUGGCUGACGCGCGGGCGCGACGCCGCGCGCGCCUCGCCGCCCGACACGGCGCUGCUGCUGCCCGGCACCAUGCCUAAACCGGGGUCUGGACGUCGCCCACCGCCGCCGAUUCUGCAUCCUGAUUAAUUUUGUUAGCGGCUCCGCAUCUACUAGUCAAAUCUGCCAGUGUGGUGAAGCGAGUAUUACGAGGACGCAAGAAAUAAGAUGAAUUAGGAAAUACACCUCGACAAAGGUGUAAACAACCACCAAUGGAAUGAUGAUCUUUCUACAAGAACAGUAUUCAUUAUAACUACUUAUUAUAAGAUGUACGUACAUAAUAUAUACUAAAUGUCAUAGAGUAACUUUUGGCCAUCUAAUACAGCUCGCAUCUAAUAUUGCCUCGCGAACAUCAACCAGCAUGAAGUUAAAUUUCACACGGGUUUAGGGACUAACUUAACUCCUUUAGACAUUCAAUUGGCUCAUUCCACUAUUUUAAGACCUACGAUCAACAAUCGUACCUAAGAUAAAUCGCAAAAAUGUAUGGUGAUUGAUCAGACAUCGUUUAUUUGGUAGACUUUUGAGUGCUGGGUCGAAGUUGUGAUAGUACAGUAGAGUUACAAAAUAAUCAGUAUAGUUUUGAGGUCAAUAAUGGAUCAGGUUAGAGUUCAAAUUCAUUACCUCGAUUUUCGUAACUCAAUUGCACAAUAAUAAAAGUCCUACAAAAUGUACGAUAUCUAGUAAUGAUUGAGUAUCUAUUGGUGAUUACUGAUUUUCUAUAUAAAUUAAAAGGAACGCUGGUUGUUAUUUAAAUGCUGUCACUUUAAAUUUGUAGCAAUUCAUUAAACUUGUAUAAUGCUUACUUAGCGUAUCUAAAAUGUGAUAAUUGAUUAUGACUGGUGUUACGGGAGUGCGUUCGGUAAAGUUCAAAUUGCGAUCUCAUCAGUACCUAGUUGUUUACAAAAUCUUAGUUAACGUAUUUAUCCGAAGCCAAGAAGCUAUGAGAUUGAGAGUAACCUACAUAAAACCCUGCAAGUAGUAACAGAUUCGUUCGUGUAGUUAAAUAUUGUUUUAAUUAAAGACUCGUUUUAGAGCUUAGUUGUAAAAUACGUUACCAAUGAAUUGUAUUCUUGACUUUUAAAUCUAUGUGUACUUACUUUAGUUUCUGACAUGUUUACUUAAUGUUAGCUUGUGACAGUACUUUCUAUUCUGAAAUGAUUGAAUGAGUGUAUUCUACUAGACAUUGUAAAUGUUUUGAGAGGAGGCUGAAGUAUAUCUAUACUAAUUGUGAUUAUUGAUCCUUUACGGAUAAAAACAGCCCGCAAAAUGAAAGCAGCCAGUGUCUAUGUGUCAUAUUAUUGACUAAUUUUCUUUUUAAUUGUCUUUGUAUAAAUGUCUUCUUUAUUAUCUUUUUAUUUAUUACGCGAAAUAUUUUCUAAAGUUUUAGAAAUUAUUUCAAAAAUCACUUCUUAUAUUUAAUUUUUUCUGUUUUGGCCGCUUUCUAAAUGAAAGCCGCCCAAAAGAGUGAAUUAAAUUUUCUUAAUUUUAGUGUUUUAUUUCAAGGCUUACGUUUUAUGUAGGCUCGUAAGUUAUUUGAGGAUAUAAUUUAGCGACUUUCAUUUCUGACAAUUUACUUAAGGUAUUACAAAUUAUUCCUUCUUUUACAAUUAUGUAUAUUUUCUUACGACAACAUGCAUACUAUGAUACUAUUCUAAUCUAAGUAUUGUGUAGGUACCUUUUUGGGUAAACUUUACCUACAUGCCAUAAAUUUAAUUAUUUAUUGAUAUAAAAUGGGUCUUGUGUCUUUAUUAUGGAAUUGUAUGAAAAUGUAAAAAUGUAAUGUGUUUACUGCACAACGUUACUGGUUCUAUUUUAAUUACGUAAAUAUAUUAUUGGUUCCACUAAGGAACCAGUAGUUCACAGUAAUUUGUGAGCUUGCGAACAAGGAAUAAAUAAAUACUGCAAUUUUGUUGAAAACUCUUUUGUUUUAUUAACCCGGGUCGUCGAUGCCUGUACGGCAUAGUUGACUAUUUAAAUUCUACCUAAGCAAUAUAAAAACCGGUUACCGAACCAGACAGACGUGACGAGGUACAUAGAUUGAUGAACGUAUAAUACAUGUGAUUUAUUACUAAAUAGGUAGUCACUCAUCAACCUACCGGGGCGGGUUGUAGCGGGACCUUAAAAUAGCAACUGUGGAAAAUAAAAGUCAUUCGUAUAUUCCAAUUUGUUCGUGUGGCACGAUGGCUUUCGCUUCCAUAAUAAUUACCUAUACUAAUUAGUUAAAAGAGAAUAGGGACCACUAAGAUUUUUUAUCAUCACUGGAAAACUAAUUUCAUGUAUAUUGAAAUAUGUGAAACAAUUGACUACUUACUUAAUUUUUAUAAGCCUCAAAAACAGCCAUGUUUUACUGUUAUUUAAAAAAAAAUACGGGAUAUGUAAAAUGUAAGAUAGGUUGGAAGUUUGCUAACUUUUCCGUCCACCAAAAAAUGUAGUGCCCACGGAUUUUAAAAAUUAAUAUUGAAUAGUACUAAAUAUUUACAUUUACACUUCUUCUUCCUCGCGUUUUCCCGGCAUUUUGCCACGGCUUAUGGGAGCCUGGGGUCAGCUUGACAACUAAUCCCAAGAUUUGGCGUAGGCACUAGUUUCUACGAAAGCGACUGCCAUCUGACCUUCCAACCCAGAGGAUACACUAGGCCUUGUUAGGAUUAGUCUGGUUUCCUCACUAUGUUUUUCUUCACCGAAAAGCGACUGGUAAAUAUCAAAUGAUAUUUCGUACAUAAGUUCCGAAAAACUUUUGGCAUGAGCCGGGGUUUAACCGGCGACCUCCAGAUUGCAAGUUUACACAUUACAAUAAAAAUAUAGGCCUUACCACUUCCACUUUUUUAAAUUCAAGUUGAAACGGGUAAGAUCUUCAGGACAUAACAAAAUUAAUUUUUAACAGUCAAAAAAAAUUAUACGCGGGCACAAGAUCUUUUUGGAGCUCUGAAUAGAUAGUAGAUGAAUUGAUAUAUAAUAGUUAACGAUCUAACUUAUCUGAUAUUUAAAUUAGGCAAACGAGGCACCAAACACCCUGUUUUCACAUUGUGCUUUUCACGUAAGUAACGUUCAAUACACUUAGUGGCACCUAUUUUCUUUUAAGCAGUAUAUAUGUAUUUACUUGUCAUAUAAUUUCCAAUAGAGAUUAAACUCCAUUAAUAAUUUAUAUAACUCUUUGCGAGAAAGUGGAUAUUAUAAAGCACCUCAAAGAUAUUCAUUACUCUCUACUGGCCAGAAGCCAAAUUUCCUCAAUUUGAUGUCAUCAAAAUUAUCUAGGACAAUUUGGCGUCCGCUUUAAAACACGAGAUUCAUUAUUUUUAUCUUGAGCAGAAAUCUUCACGCGGAAUAUUAUAAAUAUUUCUCAACUCAAAUGUUAUUUUUAAAGUAUUUUGAAACAUUUCAUGUAAUAGGUACGUAUCAGCGGUGACAAGAUAUAAACCAGCGUCUUAUGACUCAUUCAAGAAAAAUAAAAAAUAGAUAAUAGAAUAAAAGAUUUAUUAAUAAGUAUAUAAACAUAGCGCAGUCACACACAUCAAAUAUUACAAGAUUAUUUUGUACAAUACAUACAUAAUACUUUCUUGUUAA